CUCGGGGCCAUGGAGUCUCAGGUGGCGGGGGGCCCGGCAGGCCCGGCCCUGCCCAACGGGCCACUCCUUGGUACAAACGGAGCCACUGAUGACAGCAAGACCAACCUCAUUGUCAACUACCUGCCCCAGAACAUGACCCAGGACGAGUUCAAGAGUCUCUUCGGUAGCAUUGGUGACAUCGAGUCCUGCAAGUUGGUGCGGGACAAGAUCACAGGGCAAAGCCUCGGCUACGGGUUUGUGAACUACUCUGACCCCAACGAUGCUGACAAAGCCAUCAACACCCUCAAUGGCCUCAAACUGCAGACUAAGACGAUCAAGGUGUCCUACGCCAGACCCAGUUCUGCGUCCAUCCGGGACGCCAACCUGUACGUCAGCGGGCUCCCCAAGACCAUGAGCCAGAAGGAGAUGGAGCAGCUCUUCUCCCAAUACGGCCGCAUCAUCACCUCGCGCAUCCUGGUGGACCAGGUCACAGGCGUGUCUCGGGGUGUGGGGUUCAUCCGCUUUGACAAGAGGAUUGAGGCCGAGGAGGCCAUCAAAGGACUGAACGGACAGAAGCCACUGGGCGCAGCCGAACCCAUCACAGUCAAGUUUGCCAACAACCCAAGUCAGAAGACAGGGCAGGCCCUGCUCACUCACCUCUACCAGUCGUCUGCCCGGCGCUACGCAGGCCCCCUGCACCACCAGACACAGCGCUUCCGAAUCGACUCAAUGGCAACGGGUUUACUUAGUCCCCUGUCGCUCAUCGCCAGGUUCUCGCCCAUCGCCAUAGACGGCAUGAGCGGCCUUGCGGGCGUGGGCCUGUCAGGCGGCGCGGCGGGCGCCGGCUGGUGCAUCUUCGUGUACAACCUGUCACCGGAGGCGGACGAGAGUGUGCUGUGGCAGCUGUUCGGUCCCUUCGGGGCAGUCACCAACGUCAAGGUCAUCCGUGAUUUCACCACAAACAAGUGCAAAGGCUUUGGCUUUGUCACCAUGACCAACUACGACGAGGCGGCCAUGGCCAUCGCCAGCCUCAACGGCUACCGCCUGGGCGAGCGCGUGCUGCAGGUCUCCUUCAAGACCAGCAAACAGCACAAGGCCUGA